AUGCUAUCGCGCCUCCUGCAAAUUUCCUCCAAACGGCUCAACCUCAAUCCCCGCGGCCUUUUGAGCGCGAAGACGGUAGCGCUCGCACGACCCCAGGUAUCUCAUACACCCAUCAGAAACUAUGGAAAAACGCCCAAAACCCCCGACCUGAUCUACGUGCCGCACGUGUUCAGAUGGCUGAAGACCAAGGUGCAACUGAAGUACCUGCAGAAGACGUGGGAUCCGGAAUUCACCGAAGGCGCCUUCAUAUACGGAACGACGCGCGCCGUAUGCCGGAUCACCGAGAUCAUCCACGACAACCGGCCCGAGGAGCUCGACAACCUGAUGACCUCGGUGGCCAGGCAGAAGCUGAAGGAAGUGAUGAAAACGAGACUGACCAAGAACCAAAAAUCCAUCAUCAAACUGAGGCCGGAGGACAUUAAAAUCCUCGUGCCCAUAGCGGUGCACUUCAAAUCGCUCAAAAGUUCCAAGAAAGAUUGCACGAUAACGCUGAGAAUUUUGGCGUUGAAGUGGGUUAGAUCCAAAGCGGGACCGAUGAGGCUGGUUUUAGUGGCCCUCCAGACCGAAUUUCAACGGGAUUACAGCGUUAAAAUCAAUUCCAAUUGGAAUAUUAGCGCUUUCGAUAUACUGGAAUGCGUCGUUCUACCUACCGCCCCGAGUUCCAGAUAG